AUGCAAAAUAAUCCAUAUCCUACAUCUGAACUCAAAAUAGAAGGACAAACAUUCAAAUUUUACAAUCUGGUUGAACUAUUCGGAGAUAAAGUAACAAGAUUGCCAUACUCAAUAAGAAUAUUGUUGGAGUAAGCAGUCAGGAAUUGUGAUGGAUUCAAUGUGAAAAAGGAAGAUGUCGAAAGAAUAUUGAAUUGGGAAGAAACAUCCAAAAAAGACACAGAAGUAGCCUUCAAACCUGCAAGAGUGAUAUUAUAAGACUUUACAGGGGUUCCCUUAGUUGUUGACUUGGCAGCCAUGAGAUCACAGGCUCAAGCCAUGGGUAAAGAUCCAUAAUUAAUUAAUCCUCUAUGUCCAGUCGAUCUAGUGAUUGAUCAUUCUGUACAAGUUGAUUUUCAUGGAAAUUAAAAUGCUAGGGAAUAGAAUGAAUAGACAGAAUUUGAGAGAAAUCUAGAGAGAUUUAGAUUCUUAAAAUGGGGAAGUUCAGCUUUCAAGAAUUUUGAAAUAGUACCACCAGGAAGUGGAAUAGUGCAUUAAGUGAAUUUAGAAUACUUAGCAAGAGUAGUGUUUGAGAAGGACAGCCUCUUGUAUCCAGACUCAGUAGUAGGAACAGACUCUCAUACAACUAUGAUUAAUGGAUUGGGAGUCUUAGGUUGGGGAGUAGGUGGAAUUGAAGCAGAAGCAAACAUGUUAGGUGAAUGCACGAGCAUGGUACUUCCAUAAGUAGUAGGAUUUAAAUUGACAGGAUAAUUGAGUGCUCAUAUUUCAGCAACAGAUUUAGUAUUGACAUGCACAGAGAUGCUGAGAAAGAAAAAAGUUGUGGGAAAAUUCGUUGAGUUUUAUGGUCCAGGAGUAUCCACUUUGUCUUUGGCUGAUAGAGCAACUGUUUCAAAUAUGGCCCCAGAGUAUGGAGCCACUAUGGGAUUCUUCCCAGUUGACAACAAAACUAUCGAUUACUUGAAAUAAACAGGAAGAAGUGAAGAGAAAUGCAGUUUAAUCACCUAAUAUUUGAAGGCAGCCCAUCUAUUUUAUGAGGAAAGUCAAACAACUUUUAGUGACACUUUAGAAUUAGAUUUAUCAACUAUCCAACCCUGUGUGGCUGGACCAAAGAGACCAUAAGAUAGAGUUAAUCUAAGUUAAUUGAAAUAAGAAUUUACCUAAGGUUUAACAGCUCCAGUUUCCUUUAAGGGAUUCAAUGUUAAAGCUGCUUAAGAUGUUGAGUUUUAAUAUCAAGGAUAGAAAUAUAGUUUGAAUCACGGAUCUGUUGUUAUAGCUGCUAUCACAUCAUGCACAAACACUUCAAAUCCAGGAGUCAUGUUGGCUGCUGGUUUAGUGGCUAAGAAGGCUGUCUAAGCAGGAUUAGCAAUAAGACCAUACAUUAAGACAUCCUUAAGUCCUGGAUCUUAAUGUGUUACAUAAUAUUAUAAGGCAGCAGGAUUGGAUGUGUUUUUGGAUUAAUUGGGUUUCCAUAAUACAGGAUAUGGUUGUAUGACUUGUAUUGGUAACAGUGGACCAAUCGAUCAAGCUGUGAGUGAAACUGUUUCAAAUAAUGAUUUGGUUGUAGCUGCAGUUCUGUCAGGAAACAGAAACUUUGAAGGAAGAGUACAUCCAAUCACAAGAGCUAACUAUUUGGCAUCUCCUCCUUUGGUUGUUGCAUUUGCCUUGGCAGGAAGAAUGGAUAUUGACUUUGAGAGUGAACCCAUUGGAGUUGUGAAUGGUUAAAGUGUAUUUUUGAAAGACAUUUGGCCAACUAGAGAUGAAAUCAAAUAAUUGGAAGACUAAGUUGUUUAACCAUAAAUGUUCAUUCAAACUUAUUAAUAAAUCAAAUAAGGAACCAAAAAUUGGAAUGAAUUAUAAGUACCAAAGGAUUAACUUUAUUAAUGGGAUCAAUAAUCGACUUAUAUUCAUCAUCCACCAUACUUCCAAGGAUUAAGUUUAGAAUUGCCAGUCAUUAAUCCAGUUACUAAUGCUUAUUGUUUAGCAGUUUUUGGAGAUUCCAUUACAACUGAUCACAUUCAGUCCAGCUGGUAAUAUUUCUGCAAAACAGUCCUGCUGGUAGAUAUCUUUAAAGAAAGAGGAGUUGCUUAGAAGGACUUCAAUACAUAUGGUGCAAGAAGAGGAAAUGAUGAAAUUAUGGUCAGAGGAACAUUUGCUAAUGUUAGAAUCAAGAACAAAAUGUUGCAAGGAAAGGAGUGUCCAAAUACUAUUUAUGUGCCUACAGGAGAAGUUGUGGCUAUAUAUGAUGCAGCUGAAAAGUAUCUACAUUCAAAUCAAUAAACUAUUGUUAUUGGAGGUGCUGAGUAUGGAUCUGGUUCAUCCAGAGAUUGGGCAGCCAAAGGACCCUAUCUUCAAGGAGUCAAGGCUGUCAUUGCUAUUUCUUAUGAAAGAAUCCACAGAAGCAAUCUUGCUGGAAUGGGAGUAUUACCUCUUGAAUUCACAAAUGGACAAACUCCUGAAUCUUUGGGAUUGACAGGACACGAACUCUUCACCUUGAAUGUCAAUAAGGACAACAUUAAAGUUAAUCAAAUUGUCGAGGUUGUUGUCAAGAAAUCAGAUGACACUACUUUCAAUUUUAACACUCUCUUGAGAUUAGAUACUGAUGUAGAGUUAGAGUAUUAUAAGCAUGGAGGAAUCCUAUAAUAUGUGUUAAGAAAAAUAUUGAAAUGAGUCUAUGGUAUCAAAUAUAAAUUUCUAUAUGUUUUUA